AUGGUUCAGUUUGACACACUCGCGAUCCUGAUUGCCUUGGGCAGCCUGGGUUUGAUCUACUACAGGAAGUCCAAGAAGGGGCCUUAUUCACAUUUGCCUCUUCCUCCUGGCCCUCCAAGGAAGCCGAUUGUUGGCAAUCUGUUCAACAUGCCUUCGAGGCCUGAAUGGCAGGAUUAUCAUAAGAUAUCUCAGGAGCACAAUACCGACAUUAUUUAUCUUAACGUUGUCGGUACAAACAUUGUCGUUUUGGACACUCACGAUGCUGCCAUGGAGCUGUUGGAAAGAAGGUCAUCAAAAUACUCCAGUCGUGCUCACCUUCCUAUGGUUAACGAAUUGAUGGGAUGGGACUUUGCUGUCGGAUUCAAGGAAUACGGUCAACAAUGGCGCGACUGCCGUCGUCUGAUGCAUCACAGCUUCCACCCUGGUGCUGUCGUUCUGUUCAGGCCUCACAUGCUCCGUGCCACUCGUAACCUGUUGAAACGCUUCCUCGACUAUCCCGAGAACAUUAUGGGAAACAUUCGUCACAUGUCCGGAGAAGGCAUUCUGUCAAUUACCUACGGUUUGGAUGUGUUAGCCGACAACGAUCCUUACAUCAAGGUUGCUGAACAGUCACUUGCGGGCUUUGCCGAAGCUGCUGUUCCCGGCGCUUUCCUCGUCGACUCUUUCUCCCUGUUGAAAUAUGUUCCCGAAUGGUUCCCUGGUGCUGGAUUCCAGACAAAAGCCCGUAUUUGGAGAGAUGCCGCCUUCGAGAUGCGUGAUUACACCUUCAAGGGAGCUAAGAAGAACGUGCUUGCUGGAACUUCGCCUCACUGCUUCGUCUCUGCUAACUUGAACGACAUGGACCCCAGCAAGCCUGAUCCCGUCAAAGAACAGCUCGUCAAGGACACCGCCGGAAGCAUGUACUCUGGUAAGGAUGAACCCUCUGCAAUGCGAGCGAGUACUCUUUCUGCCGUCGGAUCUUGCAUCUUGGCCUUCCUCGAAUACCCGGAGACUCUUAAGAAAGCUCAGGCUGAACUCGACCGUGUCAUCAAGCCUGGACAUCUCCCCGACUUCAACGACUACGACUCUCUGCCCUACAUCACCGCUUUGACCAUGGAGACUCUUCGAUGGAGAGAUGUUGGACCUAUUGGCUUGCCCCACGUUCUUAUUGAAGAGGAUGAGUACAAGGGUUACCGCAUUCCGGCUGGAACUAUCGUCAUCGCUAACUCAUGGGCUAUGCUUCACAACGAAGAGACCUACAAGGACCCCUUCACCUUCAACCCUGACCGCUUCUUGACCAAGGAUGGCAAACUCGACAAGACUGCUCGCGAUCCCGGACACGCCUGCUGGGGCUUCGGACGCCGUGUCUGCCCAGGUCGCUACCUCGCCUUCUCCGGUGUCUGGAUCACACUCGCUUCGCUCGCUGCCGUCUUCGAUAUCACCAAGGCUGUUGACGAGAAGGGCAACAUCAUUGAGCCCUCGCACGAAUACGUCAACUCCGCCAUCAUUGUCCCCAAACCCUUCCAGGCCUCAGUCAGGCCACGCUCUCGUGGCCACGAACAAGUCAUCCGUGACGCUGUCGCUGCUCCCGCCGCUUAA